AUGGAAUCAUACCGUUCGGCAACUCCGAGCAAUAACCCGUCAACAUCGUUAAGAAAUGGAAAGAGCUGUGGACGUAUAGCGUUGGCACGAAUGCACCUUCCUUAUCCCAGACUGGUUAUGCCACACUUGUUAAUCUUCCAUUCUUGUUUCCAUGAUCAAUCUAGUUUGCACAUGCAACACAUUACAACCGAAAUAGCUUAA